UCCAGUCACCAUGUCCAGCAGCCCUGCCUCAGCCUUCAGCCCCACUGGCCCGUCCACAACAAGGACGUCUCCACACACUGGCUUCACCAUGGAAGCUGCUGACAUCGCUGUGGUUGUGUUGUACUUCAUCUUCGUCAUGGCAGUUGGUAUCUGGUCAUCAGUGGAAGCCAAUCGCAGUACUGUGGGUGGAUACUUCCUAGCUGGCCGUUCAAUGACCUGGUGGCCUAUUGGAGCUUCUCUGAUGUCCAGCAAUGUGGGCAGUGGUCUGUUCAUUGGCCUGGCAGGAACAGGAGCAGCAGGAGGAAUUGCAGUCGGGGGCUUUGAAUGGAAUGCAGCGUGGGUCCUGGUGGCUCUGGGCUGGCUGUUUGUGCCAGUCUACAUCUCUGCUGGAGUGGUAACCAUGCCCGAGUAUUUGGGGAAACGUUUUGGAGGGCAGAGGAUACGGAUCUACAUGUCCACUCUUUCUCUCAUACUCUACAUCUUCACGAAGAUAUCUACAGAUAUCUUCUCUGGAGCGUUGUUUAUCCAGGUGUCUCUGGGCUGGGACCUGUAUUUGUCCACUGGCGUUCUGCUAGUGAUCACUGCUGCUUACACUAUGGCAGGUGGUUUGACAGCAGUAAUAUAUACGGAUGCUCUUCAGACAGUGAUCAUGGUGGUAGGAGCCUUAACACUCAUGUUCUUAGCAUUCUCUGAAGUGGGUUGGUAUGAUGGCCUUUUGGCCAGCUACCCACUAGCUGUUCCCUCAGUGACGGUUGCCAACACUACUUGCCACCUUCCCCGUAGUGAUGCUUUCCGGUUGCUCAGAGACCCCAUAACAGGGGAUUUACCCUGGCCUGGUCUGGUGUUCGGUCUUACCGUACUAGCUACAUGGGUCUGGUGUACUGAUCAGGUUAUUGUCCAGAGGUCUUUAUCAGCACGGUCUCUGUCUCAUGCCAAAGGGGGAAGUGUGUUGGGAGGAUAUCUAAAGUUGCUGCCAAUGUUUUUCAUUGUGAUGCCAGGCAUGAUUAGCAGAGCACUGUUCCCUGAUGAGGUGGGCUGCGUGGAACCAGCAGUGUGUCAGAGUGUGUGCGGAGCCUCUGUUGGUUGCUCCAACAUUGCCUACCCUAAACUAGUGGUGGAGCUAAUGCCUGCAGGUUUGCGUGGUCUGAUGCUAGCCGUGAUGCUCGCUGCUCUGAUGUCAUCGCUGACUUCAAUCUUUAACAGCAGUUCCACUCUGUUCACACUAGAUUUAUACUAUAGAGCCAGGCCAACAGCUACUGAGAGGGAACUCAUGGUUGUGGGAAGACUGUUUGUCCUGGUCUUGGUGUGUGUGAGCCUGGUGUGGAUUCCUGUCAUCCAGACUGCCAACAGUGGACAACUGUUUGACUACAUCCAGUCAGUCACCAGCUUUCUGGCACCACCCAUUACUGCUGUGUUCCUACUGGCCAUCUUCUGGCCACGUGCCAAUGAGCAGGGUGCAUUCUGGGGUCUAGUGGUUGGCCUGGUGCUGGGAAGCAUCAGGAUGGUUUUAGAGUUCGUCUACACGGCACCAUCAUGUGGCCAGCCUGACCUACGACCCUCCCUGCUAGCUAACUUCCACUACCUGUACUUCGCUCUCAUUCUAUUGGCUCUCACCUGCCUCAUUGUUACUGUGGUCAGUCUGGCCACGCCCCCCAUACCUAGAGAACAGUUGAGAAGGCUGACCUGGUGGAGCAGACACAGCCAGGAGCCUCCUGUCAACCUCCCUGACCCCUGCACAGCCUCUACCACCACAAGUUCAAGCCCUGAUCCUGACCCUGAUGUGUCCCUGGUGCCAUGGUGGCAUAAGAUGUGUUUCUGGUUGUGUGGCCUGAGUGGUACAGGAGCUGCUGCUGCUGUGAGCAGUGAGCAGGCAGCACAGAGCUCUGCCCUGAUCUCCCUGCAGGAGCAGCCCCUGUGGAGGAACGUCUGUAACGUUAACGCCGUCCUCCUGCUGGUUUUGAAUGUCUUUUUGUGGGGAUACUUCAGCUGAUGUGUGUAAUGUUAACGCCAUCCUCCUGCUGGUUCUGAAUAUCUUUUUGUACAACGUUAACACCAUCCUCCUGCUGGUUCUGAAUGUCUUUCUGUGGUGAUACUUCAGCUGAUGGAGUAUAUAUUAGUGCGUUUGAAAAUCUUUUCCAAAAGUUGUACAGUUAAAAUCUAAGCAGAUUAAUAUUGUCAUUGAAAUGGUUGAAAUUCAUUAUUUUUUUACAACACAGAUUUUGUUGUAAAUCAGUGGCUUAGCUUCUGGGUAUCUUUCACUAGGAACAUUUGCAUAUUAACGUAGCAAUGCCAGUUAUGAUUUGACUUAUUCUUUGUUGAUUCUGAUAAACUUUGUGCAGGGACAGACAAA